GUAGACUCUUACAAAUUUACGAGUUAACCCGACAAAACAGUUUAGCUCUAAAAAAACGAGUCUACCUAGACUCUCGAAUUUCAAAAAACCUUGGUCCUAAGUACCUUGGAGUUGGGCACUCGUAUUUGAUAUGCAACCACAGAACAAAACCCACUGGUCGCAGUUUCCCAAAUUGAAGACGAAAAAUUAUGAGAGAAAGCGCGACCUCAUUUACUGUACUAGAACUAGAAUUGAUUUCAAACGUUCUCGUGUAAUGGGGAUUUUCCUCUCACACAUGAAUGAAGCGAAGCGCUAUCUCCUCCUAUUUCUUCCAUCGUGCAAUGGGUUCCAUCACCCCAACAUGUUCGAUCGCCAGGUUCUCAUAUUCUUCUACUUCUUCUUCGGGUUGUUCAACAUCAACAGUUACCAGACCAUUCCCUGAUUACUCCCCUCGAAAGCCUUCCAUCGCCGACGCUGACCUCGUCCGCCACGUCUCCACCACCAUCAAACGGCGCCGUUCCGAGCCUCUCCGCCGCGUUCUCAAGCCUUUCGAGUCGAAGCUCAACCCUCAUCAUCUCAUUUGGGUCCUCAUCAACAUAAAAAACGACUAUGUCCUCGUCUUGGAUUUCUUCAACUGGGCACGUUCACGCAGGGACAAGCCUUCCUUGGAAGCGCUUUGCAUCGUGCUUCACAUUGCUGUGGCAUCCAACGACCUCAAAAUGGCGCAAACCCUGGUUUUUGAGUUUUGGGCUACGCCCCGUUUGGAUGUACAUCACCUGUUUGAUCAAUUUACUGAGAGAUUGAUAUACACUUACAAGGACUGGGGCGCACACCCCCUUGUAUUUGAUGUGUUCUUCCAGGUGCUUGUUGAAGCUGGGUUGCUUCUGGAAGCUGAAAAAUUGUUUCAUAAGUUGUUAAGUUACGGUAUUGUUGUCUCUGUAGAUUCUUGUAAUUUGUUUCUGACCAGGCUGUGUGGCAAUUUUGAGGGAAAAAAGAGGGCGAUUCGGGUGUUCAGAGAGUACCCAGAAGUGGGUGUUUCUUGGAACACCAUGUCAUAUAAUAUUGUUCUUCAUUCCCUUUGUCAGUUGGGCAAGGUUAAAGAAGCACAUAAUUUGCUCAUGCAGAUGGAGUUUUGUGGAAAUGUCCCUGAUGUUGUAAGUUAUGGCGUUAUAAUUAGUGGGUAUUGUCAAAUUGGACAGCUAGAAAAGGUCUUGAAACUUAUGGAGGAGUUGCAGAGGAAGGGAUUGAGACCAAAUGAAUAUGUUUAUAAUAACAUAAUUGACCUUCUUUGUAAGAAUGGUGAAGUAGUUGAAGCAGAGAGAGUCUUGAGGGAGAUGACUAAGCACGGGGUUUUUCCUGAUAAUGUAGUUUAUACAACUCUCAUCAGUGGUUUCUGCAAGUCUGGGAAUGUUUCAGCUGCACACAAACUAUUUGAUGAAAUGAAGCAAAAGAAAAUAGUUCCUGAUUUUGUGUCAUAUACUUCCAUGCUUCAUGGGCUUUGUAAAAUUGGAAAGAUGGUAGAAGCACACAAACUGUUUAGUGAAAUGUUGGUGAUGGGGUUGGAACCAGAUGAAGUUACUUAUACUGCGCUUAUUUAUGGGCAUUGUAAGGCUGGGGAAAUGAGAGAAGCUUUUUCUAUUCACAACCAGAUGGUUCAGAAAGGUCUGACUCCAAAUGUUGUCACCUAUACUAUAUUAGUUGAUGGCCUGUGUAAGCGUGGAGAGGUAGAUGUAGCCAAUGAGCUUCUUCAUGAAAUGGCUGGCAAGGGCCUUCAACCAAACGUUUGCACAUAUAACACAAUUAUCAAUGGUCUUUGUAAGGUAGGAAAUAUAGUGCAAGCAGUAAAACUCAUGGAAGAAAUGGAUCUGGCAGGGUUUUAUCCCGACACUAUUACAUACACUACACUCAUGGAUGCGUAUUGUAAAAUGAGGGAAAUGGCUAAGGCUCAUGAGCUGCUGCUGAUUAUGCUUGAUAAAGGACUUCAACCUACAAUUGUUACAUUCAAUGUACUAAUAAAUGGGUUUUGCUUGUCAGGGAUGUUGGAAGAUGGUGAAAGACUAAUCAAAUGGAUGUUAGAUAAAGGUAUAAUGCCAAAUGCCACAACAUUCAAUUCUCUUAUGAAGCAGUACUGCAUUAGAAAUAACAUGCGUGCCACUACUGAGAUUUAUAAGGGUAUGCAUGCUCGAGGAGUGAUGCCUGACAGUAACACCUAUAAUAUUCUGAUUAAAGGGCAUUGUAAAUCAAGAAAUAUGAAAGAAGCAUGGUUUCUGCAGAAAGAAAUGGUUGAAAAAGGCUUUAGUCUCACUGCUUCUUCCUACAAUGCUCUUAUAAAAGUUUUCUAUAAGAGGAAGAAAUUUGGUGAGGCUAGGAAGCUAUUCGAGGAGAUGAGAACACAAGGGUUGGUUGCAGAAAAGGAGAUAUAUGAUAUUUUCGUUGAUGUAAACUAUGAAGAAGGGAACUGGGAAAUCACUCUUCAGCUUUGUGAUGAAGCAAUAGAGAAAUGUCUUGUUGAAAAGACUUAGUGCACUUUUGUCCCGAUGCAGUUUAUGAUGGAAUUAUCAGGGGCAUUAAUUGUUGCCUUGCCUCUGAUUCAUAUUUCUUGGUGGUUCAGUUGAAAAUAACAUGCACAUCAUGACACCAUUUUUUCAUAUCAUUGAAAAAGUGACACUAGACUUCCAG